AUGGGUAAUUGUUCAAGUGAAGAACUAAGUCUUUCUGAAUUGGAAUUGUAUAGUAAAUAUUUAGUUUAUGAUAUAGCACCAUAAUUAUCUUAAUAUAAAUUACUUUAUGUAAUAGGGAAAGGAGGUUUUGGAAGAGUAUGGAAGGUGAAAUGUUAAAAAAAGUUUUUUGCAUUGAAAGAAAUGAUAAAAUCUAAGUAGAUAUCUUAAGAAAAUAGAAAUCAGAAUAAUAGAGAAACAAUCAAUUUAGAGUGUGAUGAAUGAGAGAAUUCUGCUUUAAAAAUUGAAUCAUCCGUAUGAUAUUAUUCGAAAUAGAUUUCUAGUUAAUAUGAGAGGUGCAUUUUAGACAUCGACACAUUUAUAUAUUGUUUUAGAUUAUAUGGAAGGAGGAGAUUUAAGAUAUCAUUUAUGUAAGCAAGGGAAAUUUACAGAAGAGUAAACAAGUAGCAAUUCUAUUUGAUAUAAAGAGUUUUUUGUAAUCUGUAUAUUGAUGGCAUUGUAAUAUUUACAUAAAAAUCUGGUACUUCAUAGAGACAUAAAACCUGAGAAUUUAGUGUUUGAUGAUGAAGGUUAUUUACAUAUAACAGAUUUGGGAAUAGCAAGAAUAUGGAAACCAAAUAAUAAAAAUGAGACAAGUGGAACACCUGGAUAUAUGGCACCAGAAGUAAUGAUGAAAUCUGAUCAUGGUGUUGCUUGUGAUUAUUUUGCAUUAGGUUGUUUAGUUUAUGAAUGUUUAACUGGAAAAGUAUAUAUAUUAUAAUUAAGGAUAGAGACCAUAUUAAGGAAAGAAUAGAAGAUAAAUUAGAGAAUUAAUACUUAGUAAAUAAGUUAAAUUACAUAAGUAAGGUUUAUCAAAGGAAGUUUCUGAUUUUGUAAAUAAAUUAUUAGAAAGAAAACCAAUUUAAAGAUUGGGAAAUGAUGGACCAGAUGAAGUUAUGGGUCAUCCAUGGUUAAAAAAUGUUGAUUGGGCAAGACAUUAUGAUAAAUUAAUUGAAGCACCUUAUAAAAUUGUAGGAAAAGAUAAUUUUGAUUCCAAGUUUGUCAAUCAAGUUUUAACUAUUAGUGAAUAUAAGGAUGAAAGAGAUCGUAAUAAUAUGUUUCAAGGAUUCACCUAUUUUGAAAAUAAUGAUGAAUAAUAAGUUACAGAUAUUGAUACUAAUAAAUAGAAGCUAUUAUUAUCUACUAAAUAUUAUUGA